CUGAACCCAGCGCUACGAAGCCGCACAAAUUCCGGGGUCACCAGCACAGGAAUUCAGAGGAGAAAUCUCCCACGAGUGGCGGGCCGGCACGAAGUCCAGUCCGUCUCCGUCUCUGGACGAUCUUGUAGGGCUUCGCUGCCUUCCGGCUACCGCUCCCAUCUCUCCCCGUGUACUCCAAGCUCAGCGGCGUGGCCCCAGCUCAGAAUAAGACUUGUUACGGUCUGGACUAUGAGUGUCGUCUGCGACCGUCUGAGCAGCUGAGAACCAGACAUGAACAGAUCUUGACCUCUCGCCUGCCAGAAGUGCCUCAGUUGUGGGAGCAGCUUAUACAGAUGGAGAAGAUUGACCCCGUGGAGCCCCGCUCACGCGUAGUUCUGGACGUCCGAGACAGCGGUCACCACGCCUGGCCGCCACAGACACAGACGGAAAGCCAGAGCAUCGGCUGGUUCGCGGACAGCAGACGUCAGCAUAGGUGUCGUCUCAGGGAGUGGCCCGCCUCUUACAGUUUCUGCUGAGCUCAUCAGCAUCAACCUGUCUCGGUGGUUUUAUGCACCCCGCAUAAUUUAGCAAAAUUUGAUCUUUUUUUGGGUGCAUAAUUUCUGAUUAUUUUCCUGUACCAGUCUUUGUUAAAAUUAACAGAAUCG